AUGGAGAAUGAGGUGCUAUUUAUAGUUGGGCAAAGGAGAGCGGCAAAACUGAAAAAUUACAAAGCUGAUUCGCGCCUGGGAUGGGUUCUCGACGCAUCGAAAAUCUUUGCUGCGAAGUCACUGGUUCGUUUUUGGGAAUUUCGACGCGUAGAAAUUGUUGCCAAUGUCAAGAUAUUUCAAAGUGGAAAUAUUUCCAAGAUGGGGAGGGACAUUCCCGACAAAGUUAUUAUAAGAAAGAUUAAGAUAGACCAACUUGUCAAGAGAACCAAUGAAACUCGGAAUUCUUUCAAAAUCAUUGAAACUAAGAUCCAAGAAAUUGAGAAAAGGCAAAUGAAGCAAGGAAGAAUCUCAAAUAGCAUUUGCCUGGAGAAUGAGAGACAAGCUCUUCUAAGCUUCAAACAUGGCAUUUCCGACCCUAUCAACCUUCUUUCCUCAUGGACCGGUGAAGAUGAUGAUUGUUGUAAAUGGAAGGGAAUUCGUUGUGACAAUACAACUGUCCAUGUUGUUGCCCUUCUUUUGGGUCCUGAAGUCAUGUGCUCUAAUGGAACAUCAUGCUCUCCACACUUAUAUUGUGAAAUCGGCCCUUCUUUACGAGGUGAAAUCGGCCCUUCCUUGCUUGAUUUAUCAUUUCUCAAUUACUUGGAUCUUAGUUGCAAUCAAUUUGAAACUAUUAUUCCAACAUUCGUUGGCUCUCUACACAACUUAGUCUAUCUCAAUCUUUCUUUCAACAAUUUGUUUGGGAUGGUUCCUCCUCAUUUAGGAAAUAUUUCCACGUUAAAAUAUCUCGACUUUGGAAACAAUCUUCUCUCAAUGGGUCGCACUUUACAAUGGAUUUCUAGUCUUGCUUCUUUGGAAUACCUCAACUUGAAAUUUACAGCCCUCUAUCAAACUUUAGAUUGGCUAGAGUCAAUUACAAAAUUGCCAUUGUUGAGAACUCUACAUCUGUCUUCCUAUACAGUUCCCAAUAAUCUCCAAUCACUUGUCAACCUGAAUUCUUCCAAGUCCCUUGAAUAUUUGUAUAUGGAGGGUGGAAUUCUAACUUUUUCAUUGCUGAAUUUGUGGCUAAAUCAAAGUUACAGGAUGAAAGAACUAGAGCUUUUUGAUAGCCAAUUAUAUGGUAUGGUACCAGAUGUUGUGACCAAAAUGUACUCCCUCGAACAUCUUGACAUCUCCUAUAAUUUUCUACAAGGUGAGAAGACUGAGGAUCUUGAAUUUUUGAGGUAUCUUGGGAACAUGAAAACUCUAGAUUUGUCCAACAACUUGUUUUCUUUCAACUUUUCAGAACUCGUUUUAGGUUCUGAGAAAACGAUACAAGUUAUGAAUUUUCGAAGAAACAAAAUUGUUGGAUCAUUGCAUGAUAUCAAAAAGUUUUCUUCCCUGAGAGCAUUGCGCAUGGCCGAAAAUCAACUUUCUGGUCCACUACCCGACAUGUCAACAAUGUUGUCUCUGGAGUCCUUACUCAUUAGCUACAAUCAACUUGUAGGAAAUCUAACAGGGAGUAACAUCGGUUACCUUUCCAAUCUUAUUGAGCUAGAUGUUUCUUCAAACUUUUUAGAAGAAGCCAUCCACGAAACCCACUUUUCUAAUUUUAGCAAGCUGAAGGUGCUUUCGUUAUCCGAUAACAAUAUAAAGUUGAAUCUGAGCACCACGUGGGUUCCCCCAUUUCAAUUGAGGCGUCUAGGACUAAGAUCUUGCAAGUUGGGUCCCAAAUUUCCUAGUUGGAUUCGGACACAAACAUUAUACCUAGAAAUCCUCGAUAUCUCAGAUAAUGGAAUUUCAUGUUUCAUUCCUCACUGCCUCUCCAAUCUUACUUGCUUAAGUCAUUUGACUAUUUCUCAAAAUUUUCUUCGAGGUAUCUUACCUAACUUGGCCUCAACAUUUACUGUAAUAAACUUCAGUGAUAACAUGCUUGAAGGUCCAGUACCAAAAAAUUACUCAGGAGCAACAUUUCUAAGCCUUUCUAAAAAUAAGUUGUCUGGGACCAUUUCAUCAUUUCUGUGUACAGAUGAAUUUAAGGAAUCUAAUUAUCUUGACCUUUCCGACAAUCUCUUCUCUGGGAAUAUUCCUGAAUGUUUGGCCCAAUAUGCUGGUACUGACCUUGGGGUGCUAAACCUAGCAAAUAAUAACUUCUCUGGAGAAAUCCCUUCAUCCUUUGGCUAUUUGAAUCAGAUUUCAUCACUGCAUUUAAGGAACACUGGUUUAUUUGGGGAGUUGCCCAUAUCUUUGAAGAAUUGCACUUCAUUGAGAAUUUUGGAUCUUGGAAAGAAUCAAUUAAGUGGGGAUAUUCCUGUAUGGAUUGGGGAAAGUUUGACACAGUUGAAGGUCCUUUACCUGCAUUCAAAUGAACUAAAAGGAUCGAUCCCUACUAGUAUCUGCCAACUUCAAUCCAUGCGAGUCUUGGAUCUAUCUUCAAACAACUUAUAUGGACCCAUCCCAACUUGCUUCAGUAAUUACAGUAGCGCCAUGACUCAAAUGCUUGAUGAAUGGUUUCUAGACGAAGCACAUUUUGAAGAUAGCCCCAGCCUAUAUGGGAUAUUAAACAGUCUCCACUACUUUUUCUUUGAUUUUGAAUUGGUUACGUGGAAGGGAAAGGAGGCCGAGUAUAGAGAAAAUCUCAAAUUCUUGAAAGUCAUUGAUUUAUCAAACAACAGAUUGGUUGGAGAAAUCCCCGUAGACUUGACAGAUUUGCAUGGGCUAAUCUCACUAAACCUUUCAAAAAACAAUUUGACUGGGUCCAUCCCAUAUAGGAUUGGUGAGAUGAACUCACUAGAGAUUCUCGAUCUAUCACAAAAUCAGUUGUUUGGAGCAAUACCAGCGAGCAUGGCUAAUUUAUCAUUUCUUGCCGUCUUGGACUUGUCAAACAAUAACUUAUCUGGUUGCAUUCCACUCGGCACGCAAUUGCAAGGGUUCACUGAAGCUUAUCAAGGGAACCCACAAUUGCGUGGGCUUCCACUUCAGACCAAAUGUCAAAGUAGCAAACAAGGAAAUGGUGUAUUGACAAAAGGAAAUGAUGAUGAUAUUGAAGAAGAGCAAUGGAUUUUAUUAGACUUUGGUUUCUUUUUGAGUAUGACACUUGGAUUCAUUCUUGGAUUUUGGGGAGUGUGUGGAACUCUAAUACUCAAACGUUCUUGGAGGCAUGCAUUUUUCCAGUUUUUAGAAGACAAAAAAGACUAUAUCUACCUUUUCAUUGUAUCUCAUGGAACCAAAUUGAAGAGGAGCAUGGGGGCCAUGUGGAAGAAAUAGGUAAUUAAAAUUGUUCUAAAUUUAUCAUUUAAAAUUACAAUAUUUCAAUUCCUUUCUAACAGUGAAAUUGAAUUUGCAGUU